UAACUUGAGAUUAGCUCUCAUGGAUGAAAUUUCCAAGGGAGAAGUCGAAAAGAUUCCGUGGAGAAGGUCGGGGUUGUUGGCUCUGAGCUGUGUUUGUUGAGUGGGAUGCGAUGCGAUGCGCUGCGAGGUGGCUGGCGGCUACGAUGAGCUCCUCCUCUCUCGUCUCCCUCCUCCUCCCCUGCCUCCUCUCCCUGCUCCUCCUCCGCCUCUCCACCAUCCUGUACCCGGACCCCGCCGCGGCCCUGCCCCGCGUCAAGAGGAGCCCUCCCCUGCCCCUCCGCUUCCGCCAUGACGGCGCCUUCAAGAUCCUCCAGGUGGCCGACAUGCACUUCGGCAACGGAGCCGCCACGCGCUGCCGGGACGUGGCGCCGGAGGUCGGCGGCGCGCGCUGCUCCGACCUUAACACCACGCGGUUCCUGCGGCGGGUCAUCGAGGCCGAGAGGCCCGACCUCAUCGCGUUCACCGGAGACAAUAUAUUUGGGGGAAGUGCAUCAGAUGCAGCUGAAUCACUACUCAAAGCAAUUGGCCCUGCAAUGGAGUAUAAGGUACCAUGGGCAGCUAUUUUAGGAAAUCAUGACCAGGAGUCCACUAUGACCAGAGAGGAACUGAUGGUAUUCAUGUCUCUGAUGGAUUACUCGGUAUCUCAAGUAAACCCACCUGGUUUUUUGGUACAUGGGUUUGGCAACUAUCAUAUUGGCAUACAUGGACCAUUUGGUUCAGAGUCUGUUAAUACUAGUCUACUUAACCUUUACUUCAUGGAUAGUGGUGAUCGUGAAGUGGUCAACGGAGUAAGAACUUAUGGAUGGAUCAAAGAAUCUCAACUUUCUUGGCUUCAUGCUACCUCCAAUGAGCUUCAGGAGAACUCGCGUGCCCCUGAAUUCGCAUUCUUCCACAUACCAAUUCCGGAAGUCCGAGGACUGUGGUAUACAGAUUUCAAGGGCCAGUAUCAGGAAGGUGUGGCUUGCUCAACUGUCAACUCUGGUGUUCUUGGCACCCUAACUUCCAUGGGAGAUGUGAAAGCCGUCUUUCUUGGCCAUGACCAUCUUAACGAUUUUUGUGGCGACCUUAAUGGGAUAUGGUUCUGUUAUGGUGGCGGCUUUGGUUAUCAUGCCUAUGGAAGACCUCACUGGCCAAGGAGAGCUCGGAUAAUUUACACCGAGCUCAACAAAGGACAGAAAUCAUGGAUGGAAGUCGAGUCAAUUCACACCUGGAAGCUGUUGGACGAUGAACAACUUUCCAAAAUUGAUGAACAGGUUCUCUGGAGACGCAACAGCAGAUGAUUCUUAUCAAUAUGUAUGUGUAUCUGUGAAAAUUGUAUGUUGUAACAUUCUGUAUGUUUACAAGCCCUUCAUUUUUGUGGGCCAGUAGAUUAAUUAUUGGCAAGCUGAUUUGCCAUGUAUCAGAAUAUGUUUUUCACAUUGGUGACAUUGUAUAAUGGUCGAUUCUUGUUGUAUAUCACCAAGUAAAUGACAUAUUGGCCUAUGACUUCUACCUAAUGGCCACUGUUGUCUCUCAAUUUCAAAAGGUUCUAUCUGAAUAAUGUUUCCUUGUUUGGCUAUGUUCAUCCCCAUAUAUUUUGUAUUUUAUU